UUGCCGGCGCCGCCCCGCGCAGGUCCCGAUCCAGCCGCACCUCCUCCGGCUCUGCAGAGGCGACGGGGAACCACCGAGCGCUGCGGGCCCGGGCCGGAGCCAAGCCGGGGUCGGGGUCGGGCAGCGGCGAGGACCCCGGAGGCGGGGCCUGUGGACCGCGAUGGGCGUGGAGAUCGAGACCAUCUCCCCGGGAGACGGAAGGACAUUCCCCAAGAAGGGCCAGACGUGCGUGGUGCACUACACAGGAAUGCUCCAAAAUGGAAAGAAGUUUGAUUCAUCCAGAGAUAGAAACAAGCCUUUCAAGUUCAGAAUUGGCAAACAGGAAGUCAUCAAAGGAUUUGAAGAAGGUGCAGCCCAGAUGAGCUUGGGGCAGAGGGCGAAGCUGACCUGCACCCCUGAUGUGGCCUAUGGAGCCACGGGCCACCCCGGUGUCAUCCCUCCCAAUGCCACGCUCAUCUUUGACGUGGAGCUGCUCAACUUAGAGUGAAGGCAGGAAAGCACUCGAGGUGGCUGGAGACGGCUGCUGCUCACCCUUCCGGCCUGCUCUCCACUGGGACGGCUCCUCCUGUUGGGGCUCUUGAUCAGUGUGCCAACCUCACUGCCCCACAGCGUUGCUCGCUUCUCCGCCCAAGUUGCUCUGUAUGUGUUCAUGUUCUCGCGCAUCUUUGCUUGAGGAGACUUCGUUUGCAGAUUGAAACAUUUCAGGUUGUACAUUUUGUGUGAUGCAUGUAGUAGCCAUUCCUGAUCACAGAACGGAUUUGCACAAUCUAUACUGCCUUACCGUCACUUAAGCCAGACACAAGGUGCUCAGACACGCAGUGUACAUGGUGUACACAGAGGGACUUGAGCCAGUUACCUUUGCUGUCACUUUCUCUUACGAAUUCUGUUGGCUGCUCACGUAAACAAUGUCCUCUUUGGAAAUAAUAUGUAAAAUAAAGGCUCUGUGCUAGAUAA